GGGUAAAACGUCAGCUACAAUAACUGCCUGGGGAACCUAAGAUGCAUUACUUAGAUAAACUGAUUAGCGUGAGAAACUUUAACGAGAUCCCCAGGCUGCGAGAGGUUGGUGGGAUAACGUCCAAAUAUAACUUAAAACCUCGGCUGAAACUACCGGUGUAUACGUUCACUAAACCUCAACAACGUUAACGUCAUCGUGUACUCACAGAUUACAUACGUUAGUUUAGUUCUCUGUGUUAUUGUUGUGCUUUAGUUUAAGUGAAGCAGCUGCGUACAUUACUAGUACCGUCAGCCACGAGAGAUGUCCUCCUCUAAGAACCAGGGAUACGGUUGUCACAGGACUGCCUUAAUGUCACGUAUCCUUGUGGUGCGGUGAGCCGAGGCUACUUGGGGCGGGCAUACCUCCCCUUGUUGUGUAAAUAGACCCAGACCCUCAUUUAGGGUACAAAGAUCCCAGCUGUGUGAAUUAUGUUACAGCCACAACACAUCUAAGGUUCGCAUAGUGUGUUGAACAGACAGUGAACAAAGCCGAGAGGUUCCGAAACGUAAACUUCGUCGUGAUUGAGGCAAAGUUUUCAGUUUUGACAGCCUGUGUGAAUCAUCGGUUGAAACUAUGGUGAAAAAGUAUGUGGAAAGUAUUAAUACCUUGGAACAAAUGUAAUAAAAUCCUAAAAAGUGAAUCAUCAGUUGAAACUAUGAUAUAAAGUGGUGGAAAAGUAGAGCGAAAAGUAUUAAUAACUUGGAAAUAAUAUCAGACCUUAAAAAAAAUAAGUGAAAAAUAUUAAAAACUUGAAAAAAAUAUAAAAUGGUGAAAAAAAAUGUGAAAAAUAUUACUAACUUUGAAAAAAUAGCAUAAAGACCCUAAUAAAAAAAUGGCGGUGCAGUGAGUGUAUUUUUUCGUGAGGGUUCGUGAGGGUUCGUGGGUUAAGUAGCGCUGUUCGUGCCUUUAAGUAUGAGGUUCUUCAGGAAGGAAGCGACCAACCCUAACAAUGGUUGGCUCCAAGAAGGUGGUCAACCAUAACAAUAAUGUCCCCAUCAUUGAAGACCACAAGAAACAGACCUACCACUGGCAGAGUGAGGCAGGGGCCAAGAAGUCAUCUGUGGAUGACAUGGUCCUCCUCACCAAGAUCACUGAAGAUGCCAUCACAGACAACCUCAAGAGACGGUUUCUAGAAGACAAAAUUUACACCUACAUUGGCCCUGUGCUUGUGGCUGUCAACCCCUUCAAGCAACUUCCAUACUUUGGGGAGCGUGAGAUAGAAAUGUACCAGGGCGCGGCGCAGUAUGAAGUCCCACCCCAUAUCUAUUCACUUGCUGAUAACAUGUAUCGUAAUAUGCUUAUCGAUUCGGACAGUCAGUGUGUUAUUAUCAGUGGGGAGUCUGGUGCAGGGAAGACUGUUUCUGCCAAAUUCAUCAUGAACUACAUCACACGGGUGUCAGGAGGCGGGCAGAAGGUGCAGCAGGUGAAGGAGAUUAUCCUCGAGUCUAACCCCUUGCUGGAGUCGUUUGGGAAUGCCAAGACGACGAGGAACAAUAAUUCUUCUCGAUUUGGAAAGUAUGUGGAGAUUCAGUUCUCAAGAGGUGGAGAACCCCUCGGAGGUAAAAUAUCCAACUUUCUCCUGGAGAAGUCUCGAGUACACUCUUUAAAUGAGGGAGAGAGAAGCUUCCACAUUUUCUACCAGAUUUGUGCUGGUGCCACGCCUGAAAUGAAGAGUGACCUGGGAGUUGUAUCUCCCGAAUACUUCAAGUAUUUAAACCAAAGUGGUGUAUAUAAGGUUGAUGGCACUAAUGAUGCUCAUGAAUUCCAAGAAACACUCAGAGCAAUGAGUGUAAUGGGCAUAACCGAGGGCAUACAGAUGGAUAUUCUCCGCAUCGUGGCUGCAAUUCUCCACAUGAGCAACGUCUCCUUCAUGGAACAAAACAAUGCAGCCUUCAUCACAGACCCAAACUUUUUGGAGUUUCCAGCAUAUCUUCUGGGCAUCGACUCUCAGGUGUUGGGUCAGAAGCUUGUCAGCCGAGUGUUUGACAGUAAAUGGGGGGGGAAAUCAGAGAGGGUGGAUGUGACCCUCAACACAGAGCAGGCACAGUUUACACGAGAUGCCUGGACCAAGGGGCUGUAUUCUAGGCUCUUUGAUUAUAUUGUUGAGACUGUAAACGGAGCCAUGGUCACCGAUGCCAACUUGAUGUGUAUGGGCAUUCUCGACAUAUAUGGCUUUGAGAUAUUUGCCAAGAAUGGCUUUGAACAGUUUUGCAUCAACUACGUCAACGAGAAGCUGCAGCAAAUUUUCAUCGAACUGACCCUGAAGAGUGAACAAGAAGAAUAUCACUCUGAGGGUAUCCAGUGGUCACCAAUUAAAUUCUUCGACAACAAAGUGGUCUGUGAUCUAAUAGAGACCAAGCGACCACCUGGCAUCAUGUGUAUCCUGGACGACACGUGUGCGACCAUGAGCGCAAAAUCAGAGGGAGCUGAUGAAGAUUUUCACCGCAAGAUGGAGUCUCAGGUGGGAACAAACCCUUACUACCAGAAAUUCAACAAUGGAUUCACCAUCAAGCAUUAUGCUGGAAAUGUCUCUUACCACAUUGACAAUUUUUGUGAAAAAAACAGGGACGUUCUCUUCGUUGACAUAAUUGAGGUAAUGCAGAAAAGCAGUAAUGCCUUCAUACGGAGUCUUUUCCCGGACGUGAUACAAUCUGGCGCCAAGGGUCGGCCAACCACCGCUGGCACCAAGAUCCGAACUCAGGCUAAUGAGCUGGUCACUACCCUCAUGAAGUGCAUGCCUCACUACAUCCGUUGCAUUAAGCCGAAUGAGACAAAGAAACCUCAUGAUUGGGAUGACCAGAUGGUGAAGCAUCAGGUUGGCUACCUGGGGUUAAAGGAAAACAUCAGAGUGAAGCGAGCGGGCUUUGCUUACCGCCGACCAUACCACAAGUUUCUCCAGCGUUAUGCGAUAUUGACCCGAGAAACUUGGCCGUCAUGGCAUGGGGAUCUCGUACAAGGGAUACACCACAUCAUGCAGAGCGUCAAUAUGGACCCCAGCCAGUACCAGAUCGGACGGAGUAAAAUCUUCGUCAAGGAUCCAGAAUCUUUGUAUAUGCUGGAAGAGUCCAGAGAACGCAAGUAUGACCAUCAUGCCCGAAUUAUCCAAAUGGCAUUCAAGAAAUUCUUUAGCAAACAACGAUAUUUGAAGGAGCGAGAGGAAGCGAGUGAUCUUUUAGUUAAUCGUAAGGAGCGGUGCAGGUACUCACUCAACAGGAACUUCCAUGGUGACUAUAUUGGUGUUGAGUACAAGCCAGGCAUCUGUGCUCUGAUCCCACGAAGAGAAAAGGUCGAGUUUGCACUGACGGUGGACAAGUUUGAUCGGAAGUUCAGAAAAACCAAACGCGACCUGAUUGUAACCAAGUCCAACCUCUACCUAAUUGGUCGGGUGCAAGUAAAGAAAGGCCCGGAUAAAUGCAAAUUUAUCGAUGUAAUCAAAAGGAAAAUUGAACUGGAAAAUAUUGUGCAGGCAACUUUGUCGACUUAUCAAGAUGAUCUGGUCCUGAUUCAUGUCCGGAAUGACUAUGAAUCUCUGCUGGAAGUUAAGUUGAAGACAGAAUUUUUAAUGGUGCUGAACCGUAAGUUAAAGGAGAGACAUAACAGGGAACUUCCUCUCAAUUUUAUCAACAGUUUUGACUUCCGCGUGAGGAAAACGGGCUGGGGUGGAGGCGGAGUGAGGAAGGUCAUGUUCAGUGCCGGGCCAACGGAAGAGCCACACUUCACUGUCGCAGGUUCUACAUUGACGGUCAGAAUUGCUCAGGGUCUUCCUAGUUCAUCAAGGCCUGGUUUACAUCGAGAUAUAACUCCAGAUAUCAGAAUACUGGCCAACACUAUGAGAGCACCUGCUCAUAAUUCAAGCAACAGAAAUUUCAAUAAACAUGGACCAACAAAACCUAGCUAUCGACCUCCAGACCCAGCCAGCUUGCCGCCUCGUCCAGCCAAUUUGCCACCUAGUCCAGCCAAUUUACCACCUAGUCCACCUAGCCUUGAUAGACAUUCACCAAACUCAUCUAAAUUCAUAACUAGACCAUCUGGACCUGCUCCUGGAAUUCCAGGCACACGUGGCCCCCCAAUUGGUGGUCGUGGUUUCCCUGUGAUUCCAGGUGGUGGCCGUGGCUCUCCUAUAGGUAUGGGUGGUGGCCGUGGCCCCCGUAUGGGUACAGGUAGUAUCCGUGGUCCUCGCCCUGUGGGUAGAGGUGGUGGCCGUGGUCCUUCCAAUCUACCUGUUAAUAAUCCUCCCUUUAGAUUACCAGUAUUAAGUCCACCAAUCCCUAACAUGCAGCCCCCACCACCACCCUCUGACCCACCUCCUGCUAACCAGCCCACCAUUGGAACUGGAAAUAAACUAUAUCCUAGUCGUGGGGGUGCUAACCUGCAGCAAGUGUCUAUGCCAAAGAAGCCUCCAAUAGAGAAACCUAAACCAAAAAUACCUCAAGUUAGGGCACUAUACAAUUAUGAUGCAAGUGACACAGAUGAGCUGACUUUUGUGGAAGGUGACAUACUGCAGUUGGUGCAUGAAGAUGCCUCCGGUUGGUCAACGUGCAAACUGCGUGGCCGUGAAGGAUUCUGUCCUGCUAAUUACCUUGAGAAAAUUUAACCAUCUGUGUUUCAUAUAGAAAUUAAUCUUAUAUAGUAAAUAAUUAUAGAUUAAUAUAUUUAUUAAUGCCUAUGUUUUGCAAUUGCUCAUAUUCCCAACAUUUAGUUAAAGAGUGAAACUUAAGGUGCAAAAUAAAGUUGAAUUUGGAAAUUUGAUUUAAAUUACUGUAUUUUGCAAAUCUUGUUUACCAACUGCAGACUAAAAUUUUGCCUUGGGGAAAUAAUGGUAUAGUAACAGUAUUUCAAAUCUGUAUUCACCCUUUAAAUCAUUUACUUUUAUAGAUGACAAAUUUUGAAGUGAAGUUAUCUAUCAGUAAUAUAAGACAUGGCAUACCUGAAAGAGAAAAAUUAUAUCUCUCUACUUAGGAUCGGUGUGUAACGUUUCUUGCUUAGAUGUUCAUUGUGGCACAGUGGAUAUAUUGUUGUUGUAUCUGCUGUUUAGUGAAGGGAUGGAGUCAAGUUUUAAGAGAGUAUCCAAAGUUUUGAUCCUUAAAUGGUGGCCAUCAUCACUGGAAGUUAGCUGGAGGGUCAGUGGCCAUCAUUAGUGGAAGUUAGCUGGACGGACAGUGGCCAUCAUCAGUCAAAGUUAGCCGGAGGGUCAGUGGCCAUCAUUAGUGGAAGUUAGCUGGAGGGAUGGUGGCCAUCACCAGUGGAAAAUAGCAGUUAUCAUCUGUGGAAAUUUCAAGCUCCUUGCAUUCCAUUUUUGCAAAUAUUAGGAGGUUGGAAGAGGGAAUUUUUACCCACUGAUUAAGGGUUAAACCUCUCGGUUCCUGCACGGCUGAGCUACCAUGUAGAUAUACUGUAUAUGAUAUCAGUAAUACAUCAUAAAGGAAGAUGUUAAAGUCUGCAGUAACCAGUUGGUAGUGAGGCAAAACUUCCAUUCUACCAAUGUGAAUGAAUAUAGGCUGCAUUUGUUGGCAAAACAUUUGAUUAAAGGUCAUGUUAAAUUAAAUAUAAUCAGUUGUUAAAGGUGCUAAAGUGUAUUUCAUAAAGCAAAGUAUCUCCAUAAUGGACAAAAAGGUGGUGGGGAAAUGUGUAAAAAAAAAAAGAAAAUAUGGAAUUGUUUGAAGAGGAAAUAGAGAAAUAUGUAAAGAGGGAGAUGCAUUCAAAAGGAAAUUAGACAAUAGUUGGGAGGGAAUUGGAUCGAAAGGGAAAGAAGGAAACUUAGAAAAGGGAAGUUGCUUUAAAAGAAAAAGGUCAAGUAAGGAUGAAGAUGAGAAUUACCAGUGUAAUGUCAGUAACUCCCACCCAUCUUUUGUAAAUGGUGGAAACCUCUAUCCUCGCUUUAUUUGAUAAUAUACUCAUAUAGGUGAAAUAUUUAUUUGUAAACAACCACAGAUGUACUUUCACUGGUUUAUUUAUUACUAUAUAAUUAUUAUUUGGCUAACAUUAAAGAUAUUAAUUACUGUUGCAUAAGACCUUCAGAUUUUAGAGGUACAUCAUCACUUUACUGUACUGCUGUUGUGGUUAGUAUCAGGUAUUGGUUGACUUAAGCAUGGCUAAGACUGACUCCAUAAGGUUAUCAAGUAUGUAUAUGCAUUUCACUUGAGAUUUGGUCUGUUCUGUGUAAAUAGAGAGAGAAGGAUAUAUCUGAAGGCUUUGUUGUGACAAAGCAAAUGAAUUUAAACUCUUUUAUCAGUUUCACAUGUAAAUUGUAAAAGGAGAAAGGAGUGAGUGCGGAAAUGUGUGGCAAAGAAGGGGGGUGUGAAGAGUGUUAGGAAGGGAGGAACUAUAGGGGUGUGUUUGGAGAGGAAGCAUAAAGAUGUGUUGUGUUUUGGAGUUGUAAAAUAAGAGAAUCGAGUAGAGUGAAGUAUAGGGGUGUGUUUGGAGGUACAAUACUGUAUAUAAAACAAGAAGUUCUUGGGAGGAGACUGUUGACAGGCCAUCAUGCUGGAUAUUUGCAGAUAACUUGUUGAACACUGACACAAAUUAUCCAUUUAUACAAACCUCAACACUUGUCUCUCUCUGUUGUCUCUAAAAGUUGUUAUUCCGUCUAACUUGGGCCAGACUAUGCAUAAUGAACUUCACCAUUACUUAAUCUGUAUAUGUUCUACAACCCCCACAUUAUUAUGCCCCCAUCAAAGUUCCUCUGUUUCAUUUGCAGAUAGAGUUUAUACCAUUUGAGGAACUUCAUAUUGGAGUUCCCUUGUUGAGUACACAGAUUAUCUUAAUUCAUUAAGUCUGGCAAUGAUAUUUUGUAGGUGUUAUUUGGGGGAAGUGUUUUGUGUUAGGUUAUGACCCCCAUGUACAGUAUUAUCACUGUUGACUAGUAGCUGUAUAUGAUGCAGUGAAUUGAUAUUCAUUACUGAAUUUAUUGACAUGUAAAUGAGUUUCUCUAUUAGAAAUUGUGAGUGAGUUUGAAAAUACUAUUAACUUGCACAAACCCUGAUAGUAAAUACUUAACAUAACUCCAUUAAACUUAUUAAAUGAUCUGUAGUUGACAUUGGAGAGUAUUAACAAGUAAGGAUCCCCGUGAUAUAACUAUUUCUUUGUGUUAUGAUAAUUCUCGCACUCUACCAAUUAGUCAAUACCCAGGACAGUGCAGUGCAGGCAUCAUGAUACAUGAAGGUUAAAAUUUAUAAAUGGUCUUGACUACUGUAGUAAAUCAAUGACACUAAGAUAAUUUCACUUGCUUAGAAAAUAGAAUUAAUCUUUGGUCAAUACGUGUCCUUAUUUACACUAUACCUCAGACCUGUCCAUCUAGAUACAGUGUAACACUUCCUCUAUUCUCGGUAGUUUUGUUAUUGUCCAGAUCACUUGAGUAAAUAUAUAAAUUACCUCAACACACACUUAGAAUUCUGAAUUAUGUGUAUUAGAACCAUUUCAGAUUUCAGUUUUUCUUGUACAAUCUUCAUUCCAUUAGAUUCUUUUAAUAAUGUCUCCUAUAUUCAUUACAAGCUUUCAUCAGUACAUCCAGUAGCAUUAAUUCGUAGUCAUCUCAAGUAACAUGUGUUUGAUAUACUGUACUUGAUUUUGUUUUUAAAGCCUUUCAUUACAUUACUUUGAUCUGUGGAGAUAUGAACAAUGCCUCAUACCCUGUAUUUGAAUAUUGUGGUAUUACAGGUAUUUUCAGAGCUAUUAAUCCUGUGGUUAUCUAUACUCCUUUUCCUCUCCUCUGCUCCUAUUCUUUUUUUAGUAGGAUGGAUUAAAGGAGUACAAGAACUUGACUAAAUAAGAGGAAGGGUAAUAGAGUUUGAAAGAAGUGUAGGACAUGACUGUAAAAUUGUAAACAAGUGUGAUAUUUUCCUAUCUUAUGUAUCAUGAAAACAAAAUUUGAUACCUGUACUGUAUAGCUAAGUGGGCUGGAUAUUGGUUUAUUUUUUAUUUAAGUAAUGUUUAGUUUCCCCUAGUUUGGUGUAUGUGAGUCAGAAGUGUGUCAUUAGGUUAAGAUAGUCUGAUGUAUUGAUUAUCUGCCUUAGUUCACACCUUCAGGAAAUAUUUAUUGUAGUCUAACUAAACUGUAUAACAUUACUUACAGGCAUCCCUCGGUCUGUGUAUGAGUUCUGUUCCAGAGAACUAUUUGUAAAUUGAUCCUUUGUAAAUGGAGGAAUGCCUGUUCUGUAAUGGCGUUGUGAUCUUCAUAUUGUAAUGUACAGGCACCCCUCGAUUCACCAAAGGCUCCUGUUCUUGAAAAUCACUGUAAAUUAAGGGAUGCCUGUACAGGUACUGUAUACAGUAUAUGGCUUAACAUUAUGCUGGUCACUUCAGAGUUAAUAGAUCUACUGGAGAAAGAGAAUUUGAAUUUCACCUUCACAAGUAGAGUCAUAAUGUGUUACUGCAGUUUGACCCAGUGCAGUACCGGUUAAUGAGACUUGUUAUUUUAGAGAAAAAUAUGAAUAUAACUGAUUAGCUUCUUUGCCCAACUUUUCCCUGCCUCUGCUCUCCUCUCACUAGCAUCAAGUUACGGUAGUCCAACCAUGAUUGUAAUUUAAAUAUUGUACAGGUUUUUCAAUCUAGUAUUGUAGUGUUUAUGCUUAUAUGUAGCCAGACUGUGUCCUGUUUAUUGUUACUAUACAUAAAAAUAUGAAGGACAGGUCAUCCAGUAAGUUUUUAGUGUAAUAGCUCAAGCAACUCUCAAUGUGAAUGACAUUUAUCUUUGUUUUUCUUGAAAUUUUCUAUUUUCCUAAUGAUUAAAUAAAUGCCAAAGACAAAGAAAAUCAAUAUUUUACAGAGUAAGGUAAUAAUGUCCUUUAUGCACGGUUAUCAUUAAUACUGUAUAACAUUGUACAUUGAAUAUCUCUAGUCUCUAAUAAAGUUUCAUGUUUAAAA